AUGGGCAUCAUCACGAGCACGAGCACAAGGACGGGCACGAGCAUCCACAUCACUCCCAUGAGCAUAAGUCGUCUCACGAACAUGAGCAUUCUCACGAGCAUCAGCAGUCUCACGAACAUCAACAUUCUCACGAGCAUCAUCAUUCACAUUCGACCGGAGCGCACAUCGAAGGGGCCCAUUCACACUCGGAAGCAACUGAGGAGGGACUUUGUCGAGAGGGGGUUCACUGUGGGAAUAGGGGGACCAGUUGGCACAGGCAAGACGGCUCUCAUGCUCGCUCUCUGCCGGACCUUCCGGGACAAGUACAGCAUCGCCGCAGUCACGAACGACAUCUUCACCCAAGAGGACGGCGAGUUCCUGGUGCGAAAUGGCGCCCUGCCAGCGGAGCGCAUCCGCGCCGUCGAAACGGGGGGGUGCCCUCACGCCGCAAUCCGUGAGGACAUCAGCAUCAACUUGGGGCCGUUAGAGGACCUCACAGCGAAGUUCCAUGCUGACAUUCUGCUCUGCGAGUCUGGGGGAGAUAAUCUUGCGGCCAACUUCAGCCGGGAGCUGGCCGACUACAUCAUUUACAUCAUCGACGUGGCGGGGGGUGACAAGAUUCCGCGCAAGGGGGGGCCCGGUAUUACACAGGCCGAUUUGCUGGUAAUUAAUAAGACAGAUCUUGCGGAGGCGGUGGGGGCUGAUCUGGGCGUCAUGAGGCGGGACGCCCUCAAGAUGCGCGACGACGGACCUUUUGUCUUCGCACAGGUGAAGCACAACGUCGGGGUGAAGGAGGUUGCAGAUCACGUGUUGGCGGCUUGGGCAGCAGCAACUCAUGGAACCGUGAAACAGUGACCGGAGCGGAGCCUCAGGACGCCAUUAUUGGUAUCCUUUAUCGGUAAGGUUCGUAACGGGUGGGGAAGACCAUUAUACGUUUGACUCAUGCGAGUCGGCAAGGGAACGGUCGUAAGCGCUUGAUCUUUAUUAUUGUUUAUUGGACCUGGCCGUGACAUGACUAGGACAUUCAUUCGAGACAUGCAGCCAGUAUGAUCAGACUGUAAGACGAGACUCCAGAAGAAUGUAAAUAGAUAGUGGUCUAGGAGGGACACAAAGGCUGAUUGCGGAUGUCAGAACCGUCGCUGACCUUCGCUCACGCUCUUUGCAAGUUUGUCAUCAAAGUAGGUUAGUUCAACCCAGGCCCGGCAAAGGAACGGUACGUUACAGGCCGUCAGCCUUUCGGCCUCUAGUUAUGGAGCCUUCGGCCUAAUGUGCAGGCUAGGCUAGUAGAAAUCAGCAAGGCCAGCCUGUCUUCCUGAUUUUGGUCGGCAUGAUGUUGAACCGAGGAUCUUUUGCGUCAUGUCUAAUCAGAAAGGAGGGACUGUUGCUUUUUAAAUUUUAUUCAUCAGUCAGUCAUGGACUUCAGUC